CAAUCAAAAAGAGUUUGUGGAAUAAUCCUGCCGCUCACCAAAGGGAUCCACGGUGGCUUCCUGACGUCCGCUCUAAGGAAGUCCGAAAGUUAGCCUACUUACCGAGUGACUUUUUGUCUGGUGGACUGACUCGAGAUGUCUGGCGAACACAGCGAAGGACAGGAGGUUAUGAACGUAUACUCGGUAACCCUCAGUGGCCCAGCGCCCUGGGGCUUCAGACUCCAGGGUGGCAAAGACUUCAGCAUGCCCCUCACCGUGUCAAGGCUGACCCCAGGCGGGAAGGCAGCUCAGGCCGGUGUUGGUGUGGGAGACUGGGUUGUGUCCAUUGGUGACACCAAUGCGGAAGACAUGACCCACGUGGAGGCACAAAACCAAAUCAGAGCAGCAACAGAUGCUCUCACCCUCACCCUCAGCAAAGCGUUCAAACCUGCCGGAGAGCAGAAGAUGGAACCUGUUGGCAAGGCUGAACCAACUUACUAUGAUGAUAUAUACCAAGCAUCCAAGCACGGCCUCAGGAUGGAGAACAUGGCCUGUUUUAUCCCCAAUGACCGCAGCAAGAAGAGGCUGAUCGAGGACACAGAGGACUGGCAGCCGCGCACUGGCACCACCCAGUCCCGCUCCUUCCGCAUCCUGGCCCAGCUCACAGGCACCGACUUCAUGCAGGACCCCGACGAUGAAAACAUGAAGAGGUCCAGCCUGGAGCCAACUCCCUCACCUGCCAAGGCCCAGGCUGCAAAUAAACCAGAUGGCUCCAAGACAGCAGCUGCAGCUGCAGGCAGCGCCGCUCCAUCCAGUCGACCACCGUGGGUCACAGACCCCCAUUUCGCCGACCGUUUUCACCCAGACAAAACCAGCACUGUUGUGACCCAGCACCAGCAGCCGGUCCAGCCCACGCCCAUGGAAAACCGGAGCUCCAUUGUGCAGGCGGCACAGCAGGCACCCGAGGACAGCGGGAGGACCCCUGUAUGUGGCGCCUGCAACAAAAUAAUCAGGGGGCGUUACCUGGUAGCACUGGGACGGUCCUGGCACCCGGAGGAGUUUACGUGUUCGCAGUGCAAGGCGGUCCUGGAGGAAGGGGGCUUCUUUGAGGAGAGGGGGUCUGUCUACUGUACCAGCUGCCACGAUAACAGAUACGCCCCGAACUGCGCCAAGUGCAAAAAGAAGAUCACAGGGGAAAUCAUGCAUGCCCUGAAGAUGACCUACCACGUUCAGUGUUUUAAGUGUGCAGCCUGCAAGACUCCCAUUAGGAACCAAGCCUUUUACAUGGAGGAGGGAGAACCCUACUGUGAGAGAGACUAUGAGAAGAUGUUUGGCACCAAAUGCCACGGCUGUGACUUUAAGAUUGAUGCUGGGGAUCGCUUUCUGGAGGCCUUGGGCUACAGCUGGCACGAUACGUGCUUCGUCUGUGCCCUCUGCCAAAUCAACCUGGAGGGGAAGACGUUCUACUCCAAGAAGGAUAAGCCUCUGUGCAAAGGCCACGCUUUUGCUCCAGUGUGAGAUGGAGCUUCAUCUUCAGAGGAAGCCACACUGCUCAGUCUUGCUCCUCUUUACCCCCCCUGCACCCUAAGGCACACGUUUGCAUCUCCUAUCCCCAACCCCACACCUAGUUACUCAGAGAAGACUUUUCUAUAUUUGAGACCUAGCUCUAGUUUCACAAACUAAACUUUGACAGUGCUUUUAAGACACACCCCAUGUUCCUGUCUGUGUAACAAAUGCUGUGUUUAACUGGAAGUAGUCAAGGAAUGAUCACGUCAACACUUAGGACUUGUUGACUUUUAAGAUAUUUGUUGUUCUUUAGAUCUGGACAUUAAAACCAUCUCUGUGUUUCCUUUGGAUUUGAUUCAGUUCUCCCCGUUCCAACUAAUCUCCCUCUCGUUCAUCCUGAGGUCAGAGCAAGUCUCCAUCUUCCAAGUUGGAGGAGUCAUGAAGCCUCUAAUAGUUCCACUCAGUGCUGUAAUGAUCUACCAGCGGUCCUGUGUUUAGUGGAGAGAAGUGGUGGCCUCAUUCAGGACCCUCGCCCACUCAGACUCUGUGACUGCAGCACCUAUUAAUGUAAUUGGGGUCCGGUCAGGCAGAAUGGGGGGAGGGGGGGUCUCCUCUUUCUGCUCGACUGGAACUCUGCACCUCCACUCCACAGAAGCACUAACCGCUUCACUUACCACUUUGGCUCUCACAAAUCAGAGCGCCAUCAUCACUGUGGGUCAUUGAAUAAUCCUAAAUUGAUCUACUUAUAAUAGUCACAUUGGGCGACAGAGGAAGCGCCGUUAACGCUUUUAUGUCUGGCUUGUAAAGGUAAAGACAUCGAUAGAAGCUGAAUGUCUUAUUAGUCCUAAAAAACAACAGCCAUAACAUGUUUGCGUCCCUAAUGUUCCCAUAAUCCUGAUACUAUUCCUUCGAGUACUUUCAAGCCAUGAAUAUGUAUUUAUAUCGCUUCAGAACGAGCCUGUAUGUUGUUGUUUUAAGUGUUUUUAUAGCUGCUGAAAGAUUAAAAUAAAAUUUAGUAAAGCCAUAUACAGAACACUGGGCUCAACUGAUUUCAUUUUUGUGAACCAUCUGCACGUGUUUCUUUUGACUUUGUGUGAAGAAACACGGCCAAAACAAAACACCUGAUCCCCAUGGACAGGACGCUAGACUUUUUUUAUUAAUGUUUGUGGUCUUGAGUAUCUUCAAAAAUAAAGCUUCCUACAGCGUGUAGAUGUGAGAAAACCUCUGUAAUGCUGUUGCAUUUUGUCAUUAAAUGUGUCUGAAAGGAG